UAUGUCAAAAUGUUGUUCCACGUUACACUACUAGCAUUAUUAAUCAACUCUGGAGCUUUUUUCAGCAAUCCCAUGAAGAAACUUCGGGAAAAAGCUUCCGGCAUCUUUAAGAGCAAAUAUGGGAAAGGCAAAGCGCUGCAUUUCUUAGGGCACGAUCUCAGCGAAUAUCCAGGUUCAAAUCCCGAGUAUAUCAAUAUCAACAAAGAAAAAUGGGAAGAGUAUUAUCAAUGUUUGCUCAAACAGAACGAAAGUCUGGGAAGUCGUCUAUCUGCAACUCCAGAAGCUGUUUUGGGUUUUGAAGGAAACAACAUCAAAUUGAUGUGUAAGAUGUGCUUAAGUCCCCAAGAACGUCAGAAAGCCGAUUCUAUAGAAUGGGAAUGGGCUCCUCAAGAGGCAAAACAGUUCCAGCCUAUCGAUUUAACAGAACACGUUGUCAUUUCGCCCGUAGAUAAGACAUUGCAUCUGUAUAACCUCCAAACGGAACAAACAGGACAGUAUAUUUGCAGAUUGGGGGAAUCUCUGACAGCUCCAUAUUUCGUUACAGUUGUGAAUAUAUCAGACGCUGAACUGAACGAGGUUCAUACACCUAAGGCCCCUUUAGGCCCAUACCCCACAGAAGCUGAUGCUAUAGAAGAAUAUCGUCUGAUCUUGGACACAGAGUGGAGUCCUUGGUCUGUGUGCAGUACUUGCGACAAAAUCGGAAGGAAACACAAACUUGGAUAUUGUACAAUAUUUUCAAAUGCGAACAAAGAAGUUAUAUCAGCUGCAUCAAACUCUACAGUUAACGAAACUGAAUUUACAAGUGAAGUAACGCCAGUAGAUUUGGAACUAUUCACAGUGUUCAAAUAUGGAAUACCAUGCAGAUCACACAUACUGUCUCCUGCUGUCAAAAACCUACCACAAGUCAUAGCCAGAAAAAAUGAAAUUAUGAUAGGAUACUGCAAGGUAGAAUGUCCAAAGGAAGGAGUCUUUGAAUUAAUAGACAAAGAUGGAAAAGUAAUAGAAAAGGCAAACAAUUCUGCUGGGAUAUAUUCUCUUAUGCAAGAAUUGCCGCCUUUGGAGCCAGACGUUGCAAGAAUCUUGAUAUAUGCUGCCAAAGGAAAACCUGUUGUUCUGAGUUGUCCAGGGUAACUAUAAUAUAUAUCCAUGGUACAGGAUACCAUGAAGAAAUUUAAACACCGACGCACCAAUAUUAUGGCAAAUUGGGGAUAAAAACCUAAUACCGGACUUAAUCGUAGCAGAAUCCAAAGGAAGAAUAUAUGUUAGCAUUAGCGAUAAAAUUUAUAUAAAAAUAGCAAAACUUGCCGAUUCCAACGUUUACAGUUGCUGGCAGCAAAAGGAAUUAGCAGGAGUCAUUCGUUUGGUGAUAGAAAAGAAGUUUGAAAUGCACUUCAAUCACCACAUAAUGCUUAUGGGUCUGCUGAUUAUACUCUCAGUAUUUCUGUAUGUUUUUACUAAGGCUUUCUUUGGGAGAAAGUAUGCAAAAGUUUGAAGUGUUCAGAAUAAGUUUUACUUAAUUUUGAAUAAAAAAUCC